UCUGCUUCUACAGAAACCAGCUGCAGUUUUCAUUCGAAGCAGAGCAGAGCCCGCAGUGCCAUCGGGGCCGCCCGGGACAUGGCCCAGAGUGUGGUGUAUGCUGACCUGAAGUUUGCCACGGGGCCCUCAUCCACCGUUCCCGACGACGAUGACAGCCCGUACGAGAACGUGCCGCUGGGGCCGGCGGCAGCAGCGCCCAGCCCAGGGCGCUGGACCCGGCGAUGGCGCGUCCCGACAGCGCUGCUGGCAGCCAGCCUGCUCCUGCUGCUGCUGCUGCUUGUGGCCGUCGUGGCCCUCGGGGCUUGCCACUGGCAGGUCACCCGCAGCCUGCAGGACUCUUCCCGUGAGCACAUGGCCGAGCAGGGCCGCCUGUCACAGCAGCUGAGGGUGCGGGAGCAGAGCCUGGAGCAGACACAACUGGAGCUGGCAUGGGCCAGAGAAGAGCUGCAGCGAGCGUGGCACGAGGGCAACAUCAGCCAGCUGCAGCUGAAAAGCAGCAAUGCUGAGCUGGGGCAUACCCAGCAGGAGCUGGCUGUGUUGCAGAAGGAGAUGCAUGUGGUGCAAUUGAAGUUCAACAACAGCGAGAGGACUGUGAGCAGCCUGCAUGCCUGCAUUAACACAGAUUGCUGCCCCAGGGGCUGGGUACUCUUCAAGAGCAAGUGUCUCUUCAUCUCGGUGACAAACAAGACCUGGGAGCAGAGCCAGGAGGACUGUGCAGAGAGAUUGGCUCAACUGAUGGUCCAAGAUAACUGGACACCACUGACAGUGCCGUAUUUUGUGCAUGCGUCUAAGGCACACUACUGGAUUGGAGGAAAACCUUUUUAUAAGGAAAGGAGGUCUACAUGGAUGGACAACAAACAACCCUUGAAACGCUAUAUUUGCUGGUCAGUAGUUAAUGGGGAAAUGUGGAGUAAGCGGUGUGACAAUGCCUACCAGUGGAUCUGCGAGAAAUCCCCAAAGCUGAGCAGUGCAUCUGAGACUUGACCUCUUUUUUGACCAAGGACUGACUGCUGCCACCUCCCUUCAUUGCUGGACUCCGGAACAGGACCUGGGUGUGCACCCUGAGUUCCUCUCCCCAGUGCACACUUUGCUUCAAUUGCAUUGCAAAACUGCUGGGGGAAAGUGUCUCUAUUUUAAAGCAAGGAUUAUGGAAAAUAGACCUUAUUCCCCUCUCCCACACUCAUGCAAACACACAUUAUACUGCUUUGUACUGUACCACUGCAUGUCCCUGUAUGUCCUGGCCAAUGCAGCUCUGACCCAGGUCUCCAGUGCCGAGCCCAGCUCCCACCUUCUUUGUUACCCCAAGGCUGCUGGGGUACAGAAUCUGCCAUUUGCAUAUUUUUGGAGCUGGGGGAUGACACACUGAUGUUCUCAAACUGUCCAUUUUGGGGAGAUCUGUGGAUUUACAGCCUGUCCGUUCUCUCAGCAUUCACAGCUCUCGUCCUGACAUUUCUUCUGCCUUCAUCACCUGCCCAGGGCUUUGUGCUGGGUCCUGCCUGGAAAGGGUGCUGACAGUGAGGCCAUCAGCAUGAGAAAAUGCUGGGAAGCCCAGAGACCGUAUAGGAAGUGGAGGAGUGCUGGGGAGCUUUGAGAACAUGGUGGAUGAAUGAGGAAACUCUGAAACCAUGGGAGGAAAAUGAGGGCAAUGAAGAGCCCUAAGACCCUGGGAGGUGAAUGUGGGAAUCCUGAGACCGCAGGAGGAAAGGGAGUGCAGUGGAACUGCAAAUGAGGGUGGUCCUGAAAAAAUGAAGGUCCACUGAUAAGACAGUGGGAGAGAGGAAGGACCACUAGGGAGACUUGGGAACAUAGGGAAAAGGGGAGACCUCUCCCACCAAGGAGGAAAGAUACCUAAGAAUGUGGUGGGACCUUAUCUCCCAAAGGAGGGUGAUAAGACACUUCAGUCCAGGACCCAGUUGGGGUGUGGGGGGAGUCCAGAAACAGCUCUGACUCUCCCUGUCUCAGUCAGUGUUUCUGCAGAGAGAGGAAUGUGAUGGCAACCAUUUAGCUAAGCUGGACUUGAGACAGCCAGCACCCUUCACUAUAAGUCCUGCCCAACCAACCCAGUGGCCUUCUACAAUGGAGUGAUUGCAUCAGUGAACAAGGAGAGGGAUAUACUUAUCUUCUGUCUGGACUUCUGUAAAGCCUUCAACACAGUCCUCCUCUGAACAUGAGAUAAAUGGAGUCAAUGGGUGAACUGUUCAGUGGGUAAUGUUGGACAGCUGCAUCCAGAAGAGAGUGGUCAAUGGUUCAGUGUCCUCAUGUGGACACUGGUGAUAAUGUUGCCCCUCAGGGAUCCACCUUGGGACCAGUCUUAUUUAGUGCUUCUGCCAGCAAUGUGAACAGUGGGAUCAACUGCACCCUCAACCUGCAAGUUUGCAGGUGACACCAAGCUGAGGUGGUUUGACACACAUGAAGACAGGAUGCCAUCCAGUGGGACCUGGACAAGCUUGAGGAAUGGCCCUUGGGAGCAUCAUGAGGUUUAACAAGGCGAAGGGCUGGAACAACCCCUGGCACCAGCACAGGCUGGGCAUGAACAGACCCAGAGCAGCCCUGCCCAGAAGGGCUUGGGGGUGCUGUGGGUGAGAGGCUGCACAUGGCCCGGCCAUGGCACUCACAGCCCAGAGAGCCAAACGUGUCCUGGGCUGCAUCCAGAGCCCCCGUGGGCAGCAGGGGAGGGAGGGGAUUCUGCCCCUCUGCUCUGCUCUGCUGAGACCCACCUGGAGCACCCAGCACGGGAGGGACAGGGACCUGCUGGAGUCAGCCUAGAGGAGGCCAUCAAGAUGAUCAGAGGGAGGGAGCACCUCUGCUGUGAGGAGAAUUGGGAUUGUUCAGCCUGGAGAAGAGAGACUUCAGGGAAAACUUACUGUGGCCUUCCAGUAUGAAAAGGGGCUACAGGAAAUCUGGAGAGAGACUUUACACAAGGGCUUGUAGCAAAACACAAGGGGAAAUGGCUUCAGACUAAGAGGGCAGCUCCUAGAAGAGCUUCCAUAGAAGGAGGCUGGUGGAGUCAGCCCAAUGGCAUGGCAAGGCUGGGACUGGACUGCAGGUCCCUUACAGUCUCAGCUAUCAUGAAAACAAAGACUUGCUGUGUGUGGCUUUCCUGGAGAGUCCAGACAUCCUCUCUGCUCCUAAAGCCCUGAGCUCCAGCUCCCACUGCCCACAGUGUCACAGUUGCCACCACAAGGACACAGUGCAGACCCCAUCCAGCCUCCGGUCCAUGGUUUCCGUAGGCUGGUUCAGCAUGGCUGCUUACUUGCCCAGCUUGAUGUGUGGCUUCUCCUUUCUUCCCAGCUGCAGGAUUUGCACUUUUACCCACUCCAGUAUCAGCAGGCUCCCAUCAAUAUAUUUCUCCAGGCCUCUCUGUACUCCAGUCCUACCCUCUCUGUAUCCCAGUCCUGUAAUGUAUAUACUGGCUUGGUGCCCCCCAGCUGCCUGAGCCCCCCCUGCCCUUCAUCCAGUGCACUGAUGAAGGCUCCAAGCACAAACCCCAGCAUCAACCCUUCAGCGAUUGCCAGGGGAACGAGGGUGUUACUGACACCCACAGCAGGCCUCACACCAUUCAGAUUUUCCAACCACACUCUUCUCCUCUUCUCCUGACCUCAUAUAUCUCCACUUUGCCAGUGAGUAGACCAUGGAAAAACAUGACCCAGACCUCAAAGGUUCUUCCAUUGCUCUCCCCUUAUCCACAGCCCAUUGUUCCCACAGCAGCAGGCAGGUCUGACAAAUAAUAAAUCCUUGAUAAAUCCUGCCUGGCUUUCCCCGUACUGGAUGGUCACAAACCAAGGAGGUAUGCUACAUCUUCUUCCUGGUAUCAAGGCAGGACAACAAAGUUCAGCUCCAGACAGGUGAUGGAGGGAUAAGAGAGGGCAAGACAGGAGCUAGCAGCAAAUAGUGGCAGAGGCAAGGGCAGCCAGGAAAACCAUCUUAUCUACCUUCACCAAACCACCCCCAGUGAAAGGCAGCAGAGGUGAGCUGGAAGGUUGGUGCAGACGUCCCCUUGUUGAGGAAUACCUCUGCUCCAGGCAGCUGGGCCUGCAUAGUGCAGCUAAAGAUGCAGAUGGAAAAGCAGAUUGAGCUUGGAGUGGGAGCCGAAGGCAAGGGGCUUUGAACUGCCACCCUUUGGGAUAGCAAAGGGCAAGAAGAUGAGCGGUGUCAGAGAGAUACAUGGGCACUGAGAGACACAGCAGGAGCUAGGAGUUGCUGACCUUUUGGAUAAUGAAAGAGAGAGGUGAUGAAAGCAAGGUGGAUGGACACAGUCAGAGGGCAAGGGAAGAGAGGAGGAGGGGCAAGGUUUGAGCACAAGCAGACACUGAGGGAAUAAAAGCCCGGGUGCUCCUUUGUUAGGCAUCCCUCUUCAGAGGAACCAUCUCAAGCUGUUUCUGUGUUACUAUGCUGUGAAUAAAUGGCUUUGUGGAAUGAGA